AUGUCGCGUGUGGCAAGACAGCUAAAGUUUUUCAACAAAAUCAGUUCAACCACGUUGGAGUCCCAGAUCAUUCUAAAUGCGGAAAAAUACUCGGGACUAAAUCUGACGUUCCAGUGCCAAAACCACAAUGGACACAUGGGGGCCAGGAAGUUUUGGCGUGAGUUCAUGCCCACGUUACAGUUUUACAAUCCACAAUUGCAUUUCCAGGUCACUAGAGUGAAAAACGACGAUAAAAAAAAUGCCAGCGUUCCGUGUGUUUUGGAGAUUCUCGACAGGGAAGGCCAGUCCGUGGGCUCACUAGAUAUGCGUAACAAGCAAGGAGCCGAAAUCAUGCAGUCUCUUUUGGCCGAGGUUGACCACGUCAAAGUUGCCGAAGAAGACAUUGUCAAGCUUUAA